AAAAGACCAUGAAAAUUCAUGCAUCCACUGAGCCAUUACGAGACGCCUACCUUUUUGUGAAGCAAACAACACAGAGCAGAUGUGGGACUCAAACCCCCAACACAGAGCAGGUGUGGGACUCAAACCCCCAACACAGAGCAGGUGUGGGACUCAAACCCCCAACACAGAGCAGGUGUGGGACUCAAACCCCCAACACAGAGCAUGUGUAGGGCUCAAACCCCAAACAAAGAGCAGGUGUGAGACUCAAACCCCCAACACAGAGCAGGUGUGGGACUCAAACCCCCAACACAGAGCAGGUGUGGGACUCAAACCCCCAACACAGAGCAUGUGUAGGGCUCAAACCCCCAACACAGAGCAUGUGUGGAACUCAACCCCCCAACACAGAGCAGGUGUGGGACUCAAACCCCUAACACAGAGCAGGUGUGGGACUCAACCCCCAACACAGAGCAGGUGUGGGACUCAAACCCCCUACAGACAGCAGGUAUGGGACUCAAACCCCCUACAGACAACAGGUGUGGGACUCAAACCCACAACAGAGACUGGCUGUGGGGCUCAAACCCCCAACACAGAGCAGGUGUGGGACUCAAACCCCAAACAAAGAGCAGGUGUGGGACUCAAACCCCCAACACAGAGCAUGUGUAAGGGUCAAACCCCAAACAAAGAACAGGUGUGGGACUCAAACCCCCUACAGACAGCAAGUGUGGGACUCAAACCCACAACAGAGAGUGGCUUUGGGGCUUAAACCCCCAACACAGAGCAGGUGUGGGACUCAAACCCCCAACAAAGAACAAGUGUAGGGCUCAAACCCCCAACACAAAGCAGGUGUGGGACUCAAACCCCCAACACAGAGCAGGUGUAGGGCUCAAACCCCCAACACAGAGCUGAAGUGGGACUCAAACUCCCAACAGACAGUGGGUGUGGGACUCAAAUCCACAACACCGAGUGGGUGUGAGGCUCAAACCCUGAAAUUGAGAGUGGGAGUGGGACUGAAACCCCCAAGCCU